AUGACGGAAUCCAUUCAUUCUGAAGAUUCCCUGGACUUUUACUCCACGCUGACGCGUGAGUCGUUCCAAUACAACCUUGCCAAACUGCCGCCGGGCGAGUUCGACCCGUCGCGGUUCAUUUCCCAGAGCUACAAGUACUGGUCGCUGGACGACCUGACCAAGUCUCUGGGCUCUCUAUUGCAUGAAAUCGAUCAGGAACUGAUCGAUCUGGUCAACAACGACUAUUUGAACUUCAUCCAGCUCGGAAACUCGAUCGACGGGUCGGUGGACCUGAUUCACGACUGCAAAAUCGACCUCAACGGAUACAUUCGAGACCUGUCGCUGGCCAACGUGAAGAUCGACGCCGAUCUCGAGGUGGUGGACGAUCUGUUGUUGUACAAACGCAAACUCAGCGUUUACAAAGCCAUCAUCAACCAGCUGAUGAUAUUGGACGAGCAAGCAACGCUUUUUUCCAAGAAAAUCAGCUCUGGCGACGUCAAGGAGCUCGUGGUCCUAUUUUUGUCGGUGAACCGCAUCUACGAAUCUGUGCUCAAGUACAAGAACCUGGAGAUGGUAGCGAUGGUGGGCAAGAAGAUUGCCGGAAUGAAAAUGGAGCUGAAAAGCGUUCUCGACAGCAAAGUCCAAUCUGCUUCAAACGAGGACAAGUUCGAGCUUCUGAAAGUGUACACAGUACUAGGAGAAGAGUCUGGAUUCAUCAAGGCCCUUAAACAGAAGUCCACCAUAAAUUAA